CGGGCGCUCCGCUCAGUGCCUUACCUGACGCGAGGGGCUUCGCGCGCGCCCGCUGCGCUAGUGUUUACAUCGCGUGUGAUGGUUCGGUGACAGACACACAGGAUAAAACCAUGGCGUGUGCCCGAGGGGUCUGCACCGCGGACAAAGUUUUCAUAUUCAUCAACAUCGCUUUCGCGAUGUACAGCGGCGCCCUGCUAGCGACGGCAGCCCGUCUAGCCUGGGACCCGAGCACAUACACAUGGUUCCGUUUCCUCUGUGCUGCGCAGUACCGGGCCUCAGCCGCCUACGUGCUGGCGGCUGGCUUGUGGCUGGCAGCUUUAGUCUACCUGGCCGCGGCCGCUGCUGCGCACCAUCCUCAUCAGCCCUCGCCGAAGCCGCGCUGCUUACAUCUGUACGCAGCCGGCGUGGUCUGCCUUGCCGUGAGUGAAGUCGGCUACGGGGCGUGGAUGGCGGCGUCGCUGGCCGCCUGGUGGCGCGAGGCGCCAGAAGCCGAGCUGGCCAGGAAGGGCAUGGAUCUAAUGCAUGACUUGAAGCCCAUGCUGCUGGCUGUUGAGCGGUACAGGGACGUGGCGAGGCCGGUGCUCGACAUGCUUGAUGAGGUCGAGCACAAAGCCCCCAACAACGUAUACGUCAUCAUGGUGUUCGGACUAGUGGGCAUGGUGUUACAAGUGGCCGCGUUCGUGAUGGCGCGGCGCCUGGCGCGCCGGGCGCCUCCUCAGGAGGAUAAGGAGGAUAAGGAGGCCAGCGCGUGCGUGGAGGAGAGCGAGGAACCGGGCUGGAGGAAGAAGGCGAAUCUACGGAUGUAUACUAUACUUGACAAGAUUUUCUAGCAGGACGCCUCGGCCCCCGGGCCGCCACCGCCGCCCUUGCCCAGCGCGCCCUGUGCAUCCCUCUCCCCGCCGCGCUCCAGGAAACGUUCCAAAAAACGACGCGGCCGUCCCCCAAGCGCCCCGAAGUACAAGGACUCUAAAGACGUGGCAUGGGAUAAAGCGAGCGAGGGGAGGUACAUGACCCGGGAUUGGGAGCCCGGUGGAGAGCGAGUGGCGAGGGAGGGUAAAGCGAUGGAAGGGAGGUCCACGAGGGAACGGGAGGGUAAAGCGAGGGAGGGUUACAUGGUCCGGGAACUUUGGGAGCCCAGUCCAGCGCGGGAUGCGGCGUGGGACGCGGUGCAAGCGCAGUUCCGGGCUACGAGGAGGUUGCGGCCGCCCUCGGCGCCGCCUGCGCCGAAUACCGCUGCUGCGCUUCUUAUAUUGCAUACUGAGCUGUAAUUCUAGGAAUGAAGGCUUUUGAGUGACUGUCGUCACUUAAAGGCGUCUUCUACCAGAUACUUGCAGAAAAAUGCGAAACAUUUUAAUAGUCACUACUCACCACGCAUUAUGAAAGACAGAAUCCGUCUAUGCUAACUUAUUUGCACUGAAUUUGGCGUGGAAAAGUGUGGGAGUGAUAUUAUAAACGCCGUUAUUUCAUAGUAAUUUUACUUUUAUGUCGACACUCUUACACUGUCACUGCCAAAUUUGUGCAAAGUUAGUUUGGUUUUCCUCUACCAUUGCUGCAAAUUAGUGCAUCUAGUCUGUGCGGAAAGAGAAGAGUCGUCAAAUGUAUGGGACCCAAUACAGUCUACGACUCUUCUCUUUCCGCACAGACUCCAGACUAUUUAUGAAAUUUGAGAAUGUCGCAUUUAGCUAUGUUAACGAAAACGCUGCUUUGCGUAAUCCUUCUUAAUCAAUGGGGUCUAGGGGGUUUUAACUUUUUGAAAAACCUGAAAACUGUGCUUGGUACGUAUACGUAUGAAGGCCAGCUGUUUGAGCGCAUCUUCAUUUAUGUAAUUGACUGAAAAGCGUUUUCCAAUGAGACGUCUGUUAACGAGAUAUUAUUCAUAGUUCAAAAAUUAUUUAAUAGAAAAAAGGAAGAAAUUAACUGUAUAAGAAAACACGUAUUAGUUACAUUAUAAUGAAAUAUUGAAAUUAAUUGUUAUUGUUAGACCGACUAAAGUCGGAUGAAUGAUAGACACUGCCAAAUGAAAUAAAGUUCAACUAUAGCGCACCACAUUAUUCGAUAAUAGGUAAAUAAAAGUGUAUUUAACAUUGUUACUGAUAUAAUGUAUGUAUAACAUUUAAAUCGCUAAUUCUAUAUAAAAAGCGAGUCUUUUAAAACUAAAUAAACUGUAAAUUAUAAAUGAUUAAAGCUGCGAUCGCACGGGUGGCAUAAGAAACAUUAAACCAGUGCUGGGAUGACUUUGCAUGGUUAUCUUAUCUAACAGUGUUUUGAGAUAUUCUAGAACAAUAGAUGUACCUACCCAUUCCGCUGACUGAGUGUGUGACUGCAGCUUUAGGUUCCGCCAGUUUGAUUAGGUUAUAUUCACAUUUGCGUCAUUUUUGCAUCUGUUUUCUUUCUCUAAUUUGGUUGGACACAAUCUUUGAUUAAACGGAUGUUUGGAUUCAUCUGAGAAAUGACACAAAUGUGGACACGGCCUCACGUUACCAGUUUGACAAUAUCUACCUUCUAGUAAUGACAGACUGCCAUAUUGAUUUCUAGUUUAAUAAUUAAGUGUAACUUAGUUAAGUAAUGCCAUAUCACCGGGCAAGCGCCGACUCCUAUACUCCUAUAGUUAGUUGUUUUAAGGAAUUUUAUGAUCUGUAGAGUAUUUUUUUAUCGUACGAAUGUGUUGAGUCUUCGAAUACUAUCUAAAGAUCCUGGCAGGCAAUCGUGGCAGUGGAAAAUAAGCUUUAUAUUUUGAGGAUAUACAGAUACACUCGCAGUCCUAAACUUUUUAGCUUUUAAUCGGGAAAUGUAUUCAUAGCUAGACUGUAUAAGUGUAUAUUAUUAGAUUAGACACUCAUGGGGCUUAUUGUAAGUAAGCUUUUUAAAAGCUAUCCAAACUGUAGCCAGUUUAGCUUAUAUUACGGCUGACUGCUGUGAGAUCGAAGUGAGUUCGGUCAAAGGUCGCAACAAAGCGCUUUUUUAUUAUAAAUGAUAACGCACAUGUGGGCAAUAAGCCAAUAAGUAGCUCAGUUUAUAGCGCAAACUAGCUGGAUACGUUAGACCCCUUGGGUAGUCAAUCUUCGUCAUCUUCUUAGUUGUUUUGUAUUACAAAAGUUGCUUGCCGUACCUAUCCGUAAUAUCUUGUCCUUACCUUACUCGUGCACACAUUCAAUGGUCUUUUCUUUAUACAAUGAGACUUUAAAAUCAUAAGGGAAUAAAUAUAUUGUACCUAACUGUGAAUAUCUCUAUAAAUAUUUAUACUGCCAUGAUUGUAUGACCAGACUGUAUCUUGCCUUGCCGUUGAUUGUACUGUUGUUGAGGAGACUGGUGCUAUCUGCUCUCGUGCUCCCGCGUCGCCCCUCUUAUUGUUUUCAUUUUUUGUUUGUUAAAACAAAGAAAAGUCUUAUGAAAGUAAGAGUGUUUUACGUGUUAUAAAAUUAUUGCCUUAACUCCGUUUCAAUAUUAUUUUUUUCCAAAGUUCUGUGAUAUAUUAAACGUACUGGGGCGCCGCGGGCCGACGCUCGGCAAAACUCCAUUUUGCUGUGAUUUGCUUUUAAAGUUCGAAACGACUCUUCUACGUAGAUAGUUGAAAUUGUUAGUAUACUUAAACAUGACGCGGGGUGAAAAUGACUCAGAACGAUAUCGACGAGCUUAUCAAAUUCUGUAAAAUAUACUCAAUCGAUUUCCAGUACAAGAUUACGCGAAUGAUAAAAAUAAUACACAUGCCAUGGAAUAUGAAUAGGGAUAAACGAUUUAGCCGCUAUAUGCGCACAAUCCAUUAUAUAGAGAGUCCAUAUUUUCUAGUGUGUAAUGAUUAUCUUUGGAAUCCAAGUACAAAUGAGUAAUUUCACCCCGCGCGAGUACGCGGCCGUUGGGUCGUGCCCCGAUGCCAAAUAGCUUUAAGAAAAGCCGGUGUUUGCUGCGUUUCCCUGACCAACUAUAAGUCAACAUUUUUCUCGACCAUAAACUUUUCCACAAGUUAUUUCAACAAGUCCUUCCUGACUGGGCGGUAGGAUAUUAUCAACACAAUAAGUACCUACGAAGUAUUUCUUCCUCUGGUUCGCUAGGUCCAAAUCAAUCAGAUACCUACCGUGAGCACCCAACUAUAUACCUAUAGUCCUAAAGCUCCCAACUAUGGUCCACGAUUAACUCGAAUACCUUCGUUCUGCCAGCAGAACUGGUGGCAGAACGAAGGAAUUGGUGCGACAUUCAAAUAACAAUCAUGCCAGAUGAUUGUUAUUUGAAUGUCGCACCAAUUCCUUAAUACACAGAGUCAAGAAAGGAUUUGAUGUUAAAAUGCAAAGUUGAUAAGGGAAGGGCAGUGGCGCGAUCAAGUAGCAAGUGUAGCCGACUAUACUAUACCGACUAUGUUUAGAUUUUAAGGAAAACGAAGCAAUAAAGUGAUAUUUUUCUAAA